UUUUUUCCUCUUCAAAUUCAAUUCAAAAAGCAAUAAGGAAUCAUCAUCUCUGUCACAAACCCCUAACUCGUCCAAGACGUCAGUGGACCGGUCAUUCUUCUUGAAAACCCAAAAGGGUAUUUGUAUAUGAUGAAACCCCACCUGGGUUUUUGCUAAAUCUUCAAAGGGUUCUUUCAAUUCUUGAAAAAAGGGUGAAUUUUUCAGUUUUUUUUCAAUAUUUUUGCUGUUGUUUGGGUUGUUGAGGUAAAGUUUUCCGGCAAGAAUCUUUAAAAAUGGCCACCGCCGGCGACCUUAGGAGUGUUAGAGGUAUCAUUUGUGAAGCUGGUGCUGGUGCUUCUGCAGGUGCUAUUGCUGCUACAUUUAUGUGUCCAUUGGAUGUUAUUAAGACAAGACUGCAAGUACAUGGUCUGCCUCAGGUUUCUCAAUCUGGUCGUCAAGGUAGUGUCAUUGUUACCAGCUUACAGAAUAUACUAAGAACAGAAGGUUUCAGGGGACUUUAUCGAGGCCUUUCACCAACAUUGACAGCUCUUCUUCCGAACUGGGCGGUGUACUUUACAGUUUAUCGACAUCUCAAGGAUUCGUUGCAUUCACAUGUAAAUGCAGUGGAUAGCAGUGGGGAGCUUACAAUUGGUGCAAACAUGCUUGCAGCUGCGGGAGCGGGGGCUGCAACAUCCAUUACAACAAAUCCAUUGUGGGUUGUUAAGACCCGGCUCCAAACACAGGGAAUGAGGGAGGGUGUAGUUCCUUAUAAAGGUAUAAUGUCUGCUUUAAUACGAAUAACACAUGAAGAAGGGAUCCGCGGAUUGUACAGUGGCCUCUUGCCGUCAUUGGCUGGGAUUAGUCAUGUUGCUAUCCAAUUUCCAGCAUAUGAAAAGCUGAAAUCAUACUUAGCAAAAAGGGCCAAUAAGCAUACCAAUGAACUGAACCCUGGUGAAGUAGCAAUUGCCUCUUCGAUGGCAAAAGUAGUUGCCUCUGUAAUGACUUAUCCACAUGAGGUCGUGCGUUCUAAACUUCAAGAACAAGGGCAAGUAAGAAACUCAGAGAAAGCAUAUAAUGGGGUUGUUGAUUGUGUAAAAAAGAUGUUCAAACAGGAACGUCUGACCGCAUUCUACCGGGGUUGUGGAACCAAUCUUCUAAGGACCACACCCUCUGCUGUUAUUACAUUUACCAGUUAUGAAAUGAUCCACAGAAUACUUCAACGAGCUAUACUUCCAGAAGAGGAUUCAGAACCACAUCCUAGACGUAAAUCCCUUAAGGUAGCCGAAGAACAUGGAGACAAUGACGAAAAACUACAACAAUCAGAAAGCACAUCGAAUAAGAGAACUCCUUUAAUUCCAUUGAGCAACUCUGAUAAUCUAACUGCUAGGCAUUGAUUAGAGAUGUUUUUCUUUUUCUUUUUUCGUCGUGGAAGCAAUUUGCAACAAGUGUUUGCUGUUGCACAAUUUUUUCUUUUGUAACUUACUAUUUGAGUGAAGGAAGUCUUAUAUUUCGAUCUAAUAAAGAAGGGCGCGGAUAGUUUCCAUUCUUCAA